AGGAGGAGCCUCUUCUCUACCUUUCCCUGGCGGUCGACGACCUUCGUGGCUGCUGGAGCGCCGAAUACCGGAUGGGCCGAGUUGGCGGUGCAGGGGUCCCCAGGCGCUCCACUGCACGUCGUCCCCGACGGCAAGGUCGGCCACCACAGGAGCAGCCGGCAGUGACUCCGCGCGAACCACCGCGUCUUUGGAGUAAAGUAACAGAUCUCUAAUUGCACAGUAUGAAAACAAGACUUCUGCACCUUUUGAUCUCUUGGUCAUGGCUCUUGGGAACUGUCACCUGCACAAACUCAACCGACGACGGCUCAAGCCUCCGAACCCAGAGGCAAAACAAUGGCAGUACCAGCCGAAAGAACCCAGGACGCAUCGUUUGCUACUACAGUGCCUGGGCGCUGUACCGACCAGAACCAAUGAAUUACGACAUCGAGGACAUACCGCUGGACAAGUGCACCCAUCUCAUCUACGCCUUCGUCGGUCUCAGCAACCAGACGUGGGAGCUCUUCAGCAUUGACCCGGAGUAUGACUUCAACAAAGGUGGAUACCGGCGGUUCACGGCGCUGCGCAAAAAGAACCCGCAGCUAAAGACUCUCCUCGCGGUUGGCGGUUGGGCCGAAGGCGGUAAGAAGUAUUCGGAGAUGGUCAGCACCACGGGCCGCCGGCACACGUUUAUCAAUAGCGCUCUCAAGUGGGUACAGACGUAUGGUUUCGACGGCUUCGACCUCGACUGGGAAUACCCAGGUGCCUACGACCGUGGCGGUGCCUACUCGGACAAGGCCAACUUUCUCCUGUUGGUCAGGGAAUUAAGGUCCGUCUUCAACCAAUACAAGUUGCUAUUGACAGCGGCUGUGCCAGUUGCUAAGUUCCGUCUGCAAGAAGGUUACGAAGUGGCAGAGCUUGGAGAGCUUCUGGACUGGAUAAACGUUAUGACAUAUGACCUGCGUGGAAAUUGGGCUGGAUUUACGGACGUCCACAGUCCCCUAUUCAGAAGGUCGUUUGAUGAAUGGGCUUACGAGAAGCUUAAUGUUCACGAUGGCCUACAACUGUGGAUGAGCCUGGGAGCUCCACGGGAGAAACUGGUUGUAGGUGUGCCUUUCUAUGGCAGGACUUACACGUUGAGUGACAAGUCGAAUACGGGACUUAGGGCUUACAUCAACAAAGAAAAGAACGGCGGUAUUCCAGGCCCGUACACGAACGCUACUGGCUUUCUCGCUUACUAUGAGAUCUGUCCACAUGUGAACUCUGGAACAUGGACGAAGAAGUUUGACGAUGUGGGCAAGUGUCCAUAUGCCUACUAUGACAACCAGUGGAUCGGCUACGAGGAUCCUGAAAGUAUUUCCAUAAAGAUGGACUACAUUAUGGGCCAGGGCUACGGUGGUGCUAUGAUCUGGGCCGUCGACAUGGACGACUUUCAGGGAGUGUGCGGCCGCAAGAACGCGCUGAUCAACGUCAUCUACGAAAAGCUGGCUGAUUACGACGUGCCUCAGCCGGAACCCACAACGACUCCACAACGCUCGACGUUCGACGACGGCCAGUGGAAGUCGACAACAACUCCGACGCCCAGCACUGAAUUGACCACGCCCAAGACAAGCGCGACCAAGAGCUACCCGCGAGACUGCGACAGCCCCAACAUUUCCUUCAUCCCGCACGAAAACGACUGCACCAAGUACUACUGGUGCGUGUACGGGACGCCCAUGGUGAUGUUCUGCGAGGGAGGCACUGUUUGGAACCAGGACAAUGGCAACUGCGACUGGCCUGAGAGAGUGGACAGGCCUGAGUGCAAGCACAUCACGAGAAAACCCAAGCGCCCGCAUAAGGAGAUAGAAGAUGAGAGCGCGCUCCGUAAGAAGACCCGAAAACUUAUACAAUUGCGCAAUUACCAUCAGGUGCCAUUGAAACAGCACCUGAUGAACACCCACACUUCGACCGUGCGAGCGCUGACAGGAGACGCGUGGACUUUGGUGUCACUCUGCACUCGAGGGACCACGGAGAACAAGAUGUGGCUCACGCUGCCGAUUUGCCUAGCAGCUGUUUUUCUGCAACCAGUUACUGCAGUGAGCAAAGGCAGUGAUGCAAUCCAGGGCAUCCAGAUUCCUCGGAACAAGUUCGAGGUGCCCGUGGUUUGCUACUACUACGGCUGGGCAAGCCGGCGCCCCAGCCCCAUGAACUACCAGGUGGAAGACGUGCCGCUCGACAUGUGCACCUUCGUGGUGCUGGCCUUUGCCGGCAUCGAUGACAAGACCUUCGAGCUUAAGAGCAUGAUUCCGGAAUACCAGGAGGACAGCCAGAGAUACCUGAACUUCACCAACCUGAAGACGCAGCAUCUGUACUUGAAGACUAUGUUGGCUGUCGGUGGAUGGCACCUGGGCGGCGAGGUUUUCUCGAAAAUGGUCAGCACGCCGGAGAGCCGUGCAGCGUUCGUGUGGAGUGCCCUACGCUGGAUGCUGGACUAUAAGUUCGACGGGCUAGAAAUAAUCUGGAAAUACCCAGGCUACGAGAAACGGGGUGGAAGGCCACAGGACAAGGAAAACUUCGCGCUUCUGCUGAAGGAGCUCAAAGAAGCAUUUGCAGCCCAUCCUCUAUACUUGACGGCUGCUGUUCCUUUGGAGGAGAACUAUCUUGAUGAUGGCUACGACAUCCCGAAAAUGCAGCGACAUGUCGACUGGUUCAACGUCCUUGCUUACGACCUCCGUGGGCCCUGGAACCGGUUCACGGACAUGCACAGCAUUCUGUACAAGAGAGCCGGAGACUCUCCCUAUUUUCAAGAUCUCACCAUUGCCGAGGGUAUGAAGCGGCUGGUCCGCAUGGGCGCACCUAAGCAGAAACUGAUGCUGGGCAUGGCCUACUACGGUCGCACGUACGUGCUCCGUGACCCCAAAAGAACGGAGUCAAGGCCCGCAUCAUACCUAACGGAAAACCAGAAGUGGGCCCUUACGUUGGAUCUGACGAGCAUGGACUUCAUCUUACGCGAGAAGUAUCGCGGAGUGAUGGUGUUCAACAACGACCUGGAUGACUUCCGUGGAGUUUGCGGGCGCCAAGAACCCACUCAUGACGGUCAUCUUCAACAAGCAUUGCGAGGAUUCCUGGACUCUUUCCUACUCAAUGUCGAGAGCGUAGUAAACAACCGGCGUCAUGGUGUUGCUGGGCUGAUUCUCCUGCUCGCCGCUCUUCAACAACAGGCGUCAGCGGUGACCAAUGGCCGCGAUGCCGUUGAAGGAGUCACGAUUCCUCGCAACAAGUUCGAGGUUCCUGUGGUGUGCUACUACUACGGCUGGUCCAGUCAGCGUCCGAGUCCGGCCAACUACAGCAUAGAAGAUGUGCCGCUGGACAUGUGCACAUUCGUCGUCCUUGCCUUCGCUGGCAUCGACAACGGGACCUUCGAGAUUAAGAGCAUGAUUCCAGAAUACGAAGAAGAUGAACGGAAAUACCUGGCCUUCACUGAUCUCAAGAAUCGUCACUUGUAUCUCAAGACGAUGCUCGCCGUUGGAGGCUGGGAUCACGGAGGUGAGGUGUUCUCCAACAUGGUCAGCAGGCCUGAAAGCCGGGCUGCCUUUGUCGAGAGUGCCGUCCGCUGGAUGCGCGACCACGAAUUCGAUGGCCUCGAAAUAUUAUGGAAAUAUCCUGGAUACGAGAAACGUGGCGGAAAGCCGUGGGACAAGCGCAACUUCGUGCUCCUGCUCAAGGAGCUGAAAGAAGCCUUCGCUAAGUACCCCCUCUACUUGACGGCAGCCGUUCCACUGGAUGAACACUAUCUCGAUGGUGGCUACGACAUCGCCAACAUGGAAAGAUACGUCGACUGGUUCAAUGUCCUUGCGUACGACCUCCGGGGCACCUGGAACCGAUUCACCGACGUGCACAGCAUACUGUACAAAAGAAGAAAUGACCCGCCAUACUUCCAGGACCUUACCAUUGCGCAGGGAAUGAAACGGCUCGUCCGCAGGGGAGCUCCGAAGCGAAAGUUGAUGCUGGGCAUCGCCUUCUACGGUCGCUCGUACGUGCUUUUGGACAGCAGAGAUCACGGAGUCAAGGCGCGCAUAAAGUUCAACGAACAAGCCAAAGCGGGUCCCUUCGUUAACUCCACUGAACUUAAGGCUUACUACGAGAUAUGCAUGGACCUCAAGAAGGGUGGCUGGACGCGUGAAUUCGAUGACGUAGCUAAGUGUCCUUACGCCUACAAGGAUGAUCAAUGGAUUGGCUAUGAAGAUGAGGAAAGCGUAAGUCACAAGAUGGAUUUCAUCUUAAGAGAAGGCUAUCGUGGCGUCAUGGUGUUCAACAACGACUUGGAUGACUUCUGGGGGCUCUGUGGUCCCAAAAACCCGUUGAUGAAGGUUAUAUUCAACAAGGUCGGACAGAAGGCACUUUUGGAGCUCAAAAAUCAAACUGGCAGUGAGCAACCACAACUUAAUGCUAUGAGUCGAAACGUUCUAUUUUACAACCGCAAGCGGACUAGUGAUGGCUCGAGAGAUGGCGUGCCCUCUGCAAAGGUUAGCAGCGACAAUGGGGGGGGACGAUAUGGAGACGCGUCUCACUGCGCGGAGUGUCCGGUUCUCUUAAAAGGGAACUUCUAUCGUUCUUGCCCACGGCGCGGCGCCUGCAGAGUGUCCCUUUGUUGGCUGAUCCUGCCGCACCUCACGCACCUAUCUCUCCGGCGCGCGCCUGUUUUGAGCGCUCGCUGCUGUCUGGAGGAAAUCCUUCUCGCCUGCUGGCUUUUUUUUUUUUCGGUUACGCCCCUUUGCCGCUUCUUUCACACCACUCGUGCAACACCGUCGAGGACGCACACCCCUUUUGCAACAACCACUAAACGAAGGUCGCUGGACGAUCUGACGCGUCAGAAGCGGCUUUCACGGACUACGACCAUGUUUCAAGUCUUCUUCUGCGGCUUCCUGCUGAGCUACGUGCUCCAGACAGUCCGUACAGAUGACGACUUUAUCAGGAACGGCGGCAGCCCCGUAGUGUGCUACUACACCGGUGUGGCAGCAGACCGUUUCAGCCCGAUGAACUACCGGAUACGGGACAUCCCGGGCGAUCUGUGCACGCACGUGAACCUCAACUACGCCGGUGUGGACAAGGACACGUUAGGAGUGAAGGACCUCAUACCAGCCUACACGAACAAUUCACAUUACAAAGACUUCACAGCCAUCAAGAAGAAGUUUCUAUUCGUCAAAACGCUGAUCUCUCUCGGAGGCUGGGAACAUGGUGGGGAGUCGUUUUCGUACGUUGCAGCAGACCGGAACAGGCGGUGCAACUUUACAAGAAACUUGUACAAGUUUCUUAAAGACAACGACUUCGAUGGGGUCGACAUCGACUGGAGGUUUCCUGCGAGUGCCGACAAAAAUGGAAAGCCGGAGGACAAACAAAACUACGUCUUGUUUCUGAAGGCUCUGUGCAAACUACGAAAGAAAGGUCUCAUCGUUACCGCUACGAUUCCAAUCACUCCUUAUUAUCUCGACGCUGGUUACGACGUCAGACAGCUUGCAAAGUACUUGGACUGGUUCAACGUGAUCGGUUUUGACCUGAGAGGACGCUGGACUGGAAUUGCUGACGUUCACAGCCCUCUGUAUGCCAGGUCUUUCGAAACAGGUGAACCCCGGAAUCUGAAUGUGGCUCAAGGGCUGAAGCGUCUUGUGGAACUUGGAGCCCCCAAGAAGAAGCUCGUCCUAGGCAUACCGUUCUUCGGCCGCAGCUACGUUUUGGCGGACAAAGAGAAGCACAAUAUUGGCGAUCCCAUUAAAGACAUCCCGGCUGCUCCAGGACCUUUCAUCGGUAGCACGGAAAUCUUGGCUUACUAUGAGAUAUGCACCAACAUUGAAGAUGGUAUCGCGACACGAAAAUUUGACAACGAGUCAAUGUGUCCAUACAUGUACUACGAAGACCAGUGGGUGGGCUAUGAGGACGAAGAAAGCGUUGGCAUAAAGGUUGAUUUCGUCAUCAAGGAAGGCUACGCUGGAGUUAUGGUGUUCAACAAUGACAUGGACGAUUUCCAAGGCGUCUGCGGCACAACGCAUCCACUUCUCAAAGUAGUCUAUCAAAAACUGUCUGAGGCAUCCGAAAGUCGACGGCGGCGGUUGCGCUCGGUUCUCUUCGAAGCGAACCACGCUGCAUUUCGCUUUGCUUCAGCUCUGAACUCGGGCCAACGCACCGCCAUGGAGCUGAUCGUGCUCCCACUCGCCUUACUGCUGACCUGCGCCUUGGGCAUGCCUCAGCAGAACGAAAGCGGAUCAACAGCUUCAACGACAAGCACAGCGGCGAGCUCUUCGGCUUCAGCUAACGCUACCACAGCGAGAACGGGCUCCGGCGCGCACCCGGGUCCGGCGCCAGUGGUUUGCUACUACUCUGCCUGGGCCAACAGCCGGCCUCACCCAGCCAACUACGGUGUCAAGGACAUUCCGGGAGACCUGUGCACGCACGUCAACUUUGCCUACGCGGGCGUCAACCCUCAGACCUGGGAACUCAAGAGCGAGGUGCCCGAGUUCGAGAGAAACAGGGAUCUCUUCAAGAACUUUACGGCCAUAAAGACACAGUAUCCGCAGCUGAAGACACUUCUGUCGGUUGGCGGCUGGCAACACGAGACCGGAAUUUUCUCCCAGAUGGUCGCGAGCGCUGACCGGAGGGCGCUGUUCAUCGAGAGCGUCCUGCUGUGGAUGAAGGAGUACAACCUGGACGGCGUCGACAUGGCCUGGCGCUUCCCCGGAGUCUCCUACCGCGGAGGAUCGCCACGCGACAAGGAAAACUAUGCCAGUCUCAUCAGGGAGCUCGCUGGUGCUUUCCAAGGCAAAGACUUGCUACUCACAGUCGUCGUGCCAGUUGCCGAUGAAUUUCUUGAUCCUGGAUACGAUGUUGCUGAAAUUUCCAAGUACGUCGACUGGAUUAAUGCACAAGCUUACGAUCUUAGGGGAACCUGGAACGGAGUAACAGACGUCCACACCCCACUCUUCCCCAGGUCUAUCGACUUAGGAUCACAGGCGACAUUGAAUGUGAAAGAUGGCCUUGCCCGAAUCGUGAGCCUCGGAGCGCCAAAGUCCAAGGUGGUGAUGGGUAUCGCCUUCUUCGGCCGGGGAUUCACGCUGCUCGAUCCGCAACAACACGGCCUCCACGCCCUCAUCAACCGCGAUGUGCCGCCGCACGCCGGGCCCUUUGUCAGGAGCAGCGAGAUCUUCGCCUACUACGAGAUCUGUCUCAAUCUUAAAGGAAACUGGAAACGAGAGUUCGACGACGAAGGAAAGUGCCCGUACGUCUACUACAGAGACCAGUGGAUCGGCUACGACGAUGCAGUCAGCAUUCAGCACAAAAAGUCAUUGAUUUUCCUGCUUCAAGAGGGCUAUCGUGGAGUUUACGUCUUCAACAACGACCUGGACGAUUUCCGCGGCUUCUGCGGUGAACCUAACAUCCUCCUAAAGACUAUCAAGAAUGGUCUGACCGAGAAGAAUGAGCUCGAUGCCCGCCGUCAACCAGAAGGAGUGACGUCAGCAGUGGCAGUCAGGACAGUGGCCACCUAGUCACAAUGUCAAGCACUAAACCUCGCCGCAAUGCUGAACCACUGUCAUGCGAACCGACUGCGUACUUUAUUUCUUUCAGACGUGUAUACAUCGGUUGCAUUUUCAUUGAAUACACCAAAGUGAGUCAACACUAUGGAAUUCAACAAAAAAAACUUUGUGGAUGCCAUUUUUCAUUGCCCUUUUUAACAUGGCAUCACAACGGUGCUGAUACCACACAAACGAGGGUCACGAGUAUUCAUGCUCGAAACAAAGCACAUGUGUCUAUAACAUUGUCUCGCAGCGUACUUGCCUUCAAGUGCGAUUAGUUGUCUUACAUUGUUUUAUCUGCACUUAAUGUCCACAAAUGUCACAUUGUUUGGUAUGCCUGUUGCUACACACGUGUGAAGAUUUAUACUUGCGCCGUAAAGAUCAUUCACGCAACGACAAUAAAGGUAUGCCUCAACGAGGUUGCA